AUGGCUCUACCCGUCGGUAGAGCGGUUGCGUUAAAUGCGAAACAGCCGUUCAACUUAAGGUUAAGAACGCUGCUUAAUCUCGAGGGGAGAACGGUUCUCCUUUUUGGGGAAAGCGGACACCCUACUAUUCAAGUAAACGCUUUAGUUAUCCGCAAAUUUGGUAUCACUGCCCCAUCGCAAAAGAUUUCUAUACAAAACUGGCCACAUCUCCUACACCUCCUUCUAGCUGACCCAGACUUCACAAUUCCGCAACCUGCGAAUAUAAUACUAGGAGCUGCUAGUUAUGGAAUGUUACUUCUAGAGGGGAUUCAUCGAGAUACAUUGACAUCACCUAUCGCGCUCCGAACGGUUUUUGGUUGGGUUGUAACUGGACCAGUUGAGGAAUUCAUUAAUUCUCAGACCGCUAUGACCUUGAACCUUUGCUGUGACAAGCAGCUUCCUGCUCUCCUCAAAAUAUUUUGGGAGUUUGAGGAAGUUAGAUUGUCUCCUGUAACAUCAAUUAACGAUCAAAUAUGUGAGCGAUUAUUUGUUGAAGAAUAUCGACGCACUGAUUCUGGACGUUAUGUCGUGCGUCUUCCUAAACAGUUAGACUUCCCUACAAAUCUUGGAGAUUCUUUAACUAGAGCAAAGCGAGUGUCAGAUAGUAUGCAAAAGCGAAUGGCCAAUGAUCUUACAUUAAAAUCAGAAUAUUAA